CCAAAACAAAAACUUAUCAAUAAAUCACAGAGAAUGGAACUCCUCCUUCUGUUGUUUUUCGACUUAUCAUCCAAUAAUUUUUAAACAAAUCUUGGAUAACGUGGCCUAUUCUUCGCAACCAUCCAGAACUUUGAACUCUUUAUCCAAACACUUCUUUACCUCGAACUUGUAAAGUGUACUGUAGCAAAAAUGUGUCAAGUGCUGCAACCACAUCUUUCAGUCGGCAAGAUAAAUUCGCUGUUGAUAUUCUUCUGCUUAAUAGGGCUAGGGUUAUCCAUUUACACCUAUGUUGUGGAGUUGCAGCUAGAACACGAUGCGAGGUACAAACCGAUGUGCGAUAUCAGCCCCCAUAUGAGUUGUUCCAAGGCCUUUACAUCCGAGUAUGGGAAAGGUUUCGGCAUCUUCGGAAAGUCGUCUCCACUCUACAAACCCAACAGUCUGUUCGGACUUAUGUUCUACAGCAUGAUCGCAACACUUGCAUUUUCUAACUCAAUGUUCAUCACAAAGGUGUCCUUGGUGCUGAUAGUUUUGUCAAACAUCAUUUCAUUAUGGUUCGCCUACGUCUUGUAUUUUAUUCUCUUCGACUUCUGCAUAGUAUGCGUUUCUACGUACAUAGUAAAUGUUUUCAACUUUCUAUUGAUACAGCUGAAGGUGAAAAGUCUUGACAUUGAGCAAGAGAGGUCCCAACAAUCACGAGGAGUUAAGCGAGAUUAAAUUGCGGAGAAAAGUUCACACCGUGUUGCUGUCAAAAUGCGCACACCAUGUAACUUUGAACCUGGCCUAGAAAUAUCUGUUAAGUUAGGUUUAUUUAAAAUUCUAAGACUCAUCUCGUAUUCGAUAGUUUUUUAAUGAACCUGUUAAUCUUCCACAAACCUUCCUAAUAGGUGUCAAGUGUCCAAAGUCCCGUAAGCCUAGGAAUACCCAGGUCUGGGCUAGAAAAACUUGCAUUGUUCAGUUCUACUGAUAAUUUCAUUGGUACCCAAGAAUUACUUAUUGACUAGAGACGAAACGGUUGGUUCUGAUUGUACCACAACAACUUUGUUGCAGUUGCUGCAAAAAAAUUAAGUUUUGUCAGGUGUCCAUGUUUGGUUUCAUGAGCAGUUCCAGCUAUAAAAUAUUUAUAUUUGUUGUGCUGGUUUCUGAAAUUUGAUUUUUUUCAACAAUCUGACAACCAGGCUGGAUCUUGAAACCUAGGAUCCGGUAAGUGGGUGGAGGGCGUGAUUAUAUUUCCAUAUUAUCGCGUUCAUUUUUAGAAUAAUCUCAGAAACUUUUUAAAAGGCCGACAGGAUAUUAUUAUCUACAUGUCAUGAGCCAUCCAAGACGUAACAAAAAGUUAGGUAGACAAGUUAUAAGAUAAUAUUGUCUGAAAAAAACAUUUUUUUCAAAAACAAUGGCCUCAGGACAAUAACAUACUUUAACUUAGCAUGGACACGAAAUCUACACCCGGUCGCAUUGAUAUUUUUCAAGAAAGUAUGGAAAUAAGUAAAAAAAAAUGGAUGAAAAAAUUGAUGAAUUUUUAAAUAAAGUGUAGGGGAAUUGAAGGCAUAAUGGACCAGUUAAGGAAAAUCGUUUAUUUUCGUAAAAAAUAACACGUUUAUUUCCAUUUAUUAUCAACAGUGCAAGAAAAAAUAUAUGUUCUUUCCGAAUUAUAACUGAAAAUUUAUUUAUACAGGGUGUCCGCAAAGUUGGGGUUUUCCUUUUCAGAAACAACUACCCUUGAAAUAACAAAGGUAAUGUGUAGUGAAACGAGGGCGACCAAGUAAAAAAAAAAUAAAGGAAAAAGUACUCAUUCUCCAGUUGACCAGAAGGGCUAAGUACGUCUCUGCCCGAAAUCAUACCGCUCCAACAGAAAAUAAAAUCAGCUGAUGCGCUACCGAGCAGACGCAGGCAAACAAGGAAGGCAAAAUGUUGCAUAAAAAGUCUAGGUCUAGGUUCACCAUGCCAGCCCAAACAUUCACAGAAAAUGUUUGUUGAAAAUGUGCCCGACGGACAGCGUGCGGAUUUUCUACUGACCAAACAUGAGUGUUGCGAAAGUUAUUCACCCCUUUACGCGUGAACGUAGAUUCGUCUGUCACCAAUAAGCACUUCAAAAAGUCCGGAUUAUUGUCAUGUUGAUGCAACAAUCACUCACAAAACCGCACUCUUGCUGGAAAAUCUUCAGGUUGAAGGGCUUGUACACGUUGGACGUGAAACGGAUACAGCCCCUCUUCACGCAGGGUUUGCCACACUUUAGUUUUUGAUACUUGCACUUCUCUAGCCACGUCUCUAGUGCUUGUUGAGGGAUUCUCGUCUACGCGAUUACCUCUACAUGCGUGACCGUAACCGUCGGUUGAAGAUUGCAUACUGACCUGACACACUGACCCCGACCCAGUUCUGUCGUCGGGUUGAGCUAGUGUCCUAGUACCACUCGGGGAUGUCGCGGCUACAGGACGGUAUUCAGACAUUUUUGAUGUUGCAGAGCCCUUUAUCUCGGUUCCCUUAAGACAUUUUUGUAUAUGAUACUAAGAAAAAUUGCUUAUGUUUUCAAGAUCUACACGUCGUGUAAAGUAAGUAGAUUAUGCCAUUUUUCUAACCAUAUCAGGAAUUUUUUUAAAAAUUGUACUGUAUAAUCAUAUUUAUUGGUAAUAGGCUUACAAAAUUCGUUUCGCUUCAAUUCUCCUUUUAUUACACUUGUAUUACUGACAAUAUCCCACCAAUUCCUGAUUAUUUCCAAAAAGUGUGCAGCAUCAUUAAACUUUAAUUCUUUCAUAGCAGCUAUUGUUGAGUGAUGGAAUAAAUUAUCUACAAAAUUUACAUUUUGCCUUUCAAAUGAAUUUGGAUGCAAUGUUUUAUAAUUUAAUUUAUAUGCUUUCUUAACUACAGCUUCUUUUUCCAAUUGAUAUACAGCACGAAUGUUUUCAAAUUUAGCAUACUGAAUAAUAUCAUUAUUGUCCAAAUUAGUAUAUACAAAAGUUUUGUCUAGGUUUUUUAAAUUAAUCCAAUUAUUUGUGAUACUCUUGAAAAUAUGCACAUCAUCAUAAGUUAAAUAUAUGUUCUUAUCAGGAUUAUGUGGAUUUGAAAUAGAAUAAUUUUCUGAUGAAUCCUUUGCUAAUUUCCUGAACAUUGCUUUAUUAAUUCGGUGAUUAUCAGUAACAACACAAAUAACUUCAAAUCCACAUUUUUGAACUAAAUUCAUCUUUGAACUUAUCCAUAUCAUCGAAAUUCUGGAUAGCUUUUUCAUGUUUCUCAAUUAAUUUUUGUUUUCUUUGCAUUGGGUCAGUUCUUUUGGGUGCUUUAGUUUUUGAAAGAUAUGAUGGCAAGUUUGGGAAAAUGGAGGGAACAGCAUUUUCUUUCAAUUUUGGAUAUUUCAAAGAUAUAUUAUUUUGGACUGUUCCAUCCGCCAAAACUAUAUUUUCUGUCCUGAUGAUAUCCGAUUCUCUAAAAUGACGACUGCAAACAGCUGAAUAUUUUGAAGGUGUCCAAUUUUUUCUGGGAAUUGCCAUAAGCCAUUUGUUUUUUAGACUUUCAGCACUUGGGAAGCGAAAAGUUGAAACAUAGCUUUCUGUUUUCAUAGCAGAAUUAUAGUUUGCAUUGCAUAAAGGAACACAGCAACAACGAGGCAUAUUGUCUGCGUCAAAUACUUGAUAAAUGAAAAAAGAAAAAUACAACCUGAAUUUGCACGUUUUCAAUAGUUGAAAUCCUUAGCGUCCUGAGGCGCGAGCAGCCACAGUCACACUUCUUAGUUUAUUUUUAAAGCACAGAAGCACUACAACUGGAGUCUAUUUCUCAUAUAUUAUAGUCACCGAUCACUUUGAACACAUACACACAGUUUGAAGCUUAGAAAACAAGCUUUUCUCUUAAUUACAGCCUCUGGGAUUCCAAAAUCACAAAUUGAAAAGGUUAUGUUUUCUCAGCGUUUUGAGCACGAGUUGCGUCGAUGCAGCAAGCAGCGGCGGGAGUAACACUACCACCUACGUUGCCAGAUUUCUUUGUUCACGGCUCGUAGUUGACGUCGGCUGUGACCGCACGCUAGCGGCUAAAGGUUAAAGCGCGUACCGCUACAAACCAUCACAAAAAUCCAAUCAGCGGCCACAGAAAAACAAGAACGUGACCAACCACCUCAAACAGGUGGAGGAGUUCUCUAAGUUGUCUCGAAAUCAUGCUUCGGACUCACAAAACUACAUCUACUAGCAAAAUUUAUAGCAAAAUGGACUAUUUGAUAAAUACGCAUUGACCUGCCGGUCUUCAAUCUAAUUGCUUCCUAAUUUACGAAACUACGUCCAUUAUUCUAAACGAUAGCUAAUAGCUAUAUUCUAUUUUUAGGGGAAAGCAGUCAACGUGGACUGUGUAUAUCUGACUGAUUUCAAAGCCCACGAAAAAUGCAAAUGAGUCUUAGAUUUUCGAACGAAACAUAGAAAAUUCAAAGUGUCACAACAAACACGAGGAAGGUGUGACGCGUUUUGCUUUUUCUACAGUGACAUCCACUACAAUUUUGUGUACCUUUAGAUGCAGAUGUAAGCGACCAAGUUCAAUAUACUCAGGUUCUAAAAUAGUAGACACAGUUUAAUUCAAAUUGCUAAUAUAUGUGUAUAAUUUUCUCAUGUUGCAACGAUUUUUAGUAACCUAUUGAUCUGAUAAAGGUUUGAAACUUGAUUGCAAAAUGUUCCAAUUUCUGCCUUCACCUUGUUUUUUUUUGUAACUGAUAAUGCCAAAAACGUACGCAUAGGUCAAUUUUCACGCAAAUCACGGCAAGGCCUAUGAUGAAUAUUAAGACCUAUGCCUGAAUGUGACUGAUAUAAUUUAUUAUAUAUAGUGGUUUAUUUGUGAAUGUUGUAAUGUUUUAUUUUAUGCAGUUAGUGUUGAGGUAUAUUAAUAAAUGUUUUGAAUGCAAA